UCUUUGAAGAUACGAACAUCCAUACUAUUGAUUGCGAAUAAAAUGGAAUUAAGGUAACGCAUGCGGCCAGCGUGUGAAAUUUCGAUAAAUCAUGAUGUGAAAACAACCUUUAAAAACCCCGGCAAAUGUAUUAUUGAGAUUGCGUGAUGGCUGGAUUUAUGCAUACCAGAAGCGCUAUUAGUCACCUUCCAGGAUCAAAGGCAUUAAAUGAUGCGUAACGUAGGAAUCACGCAAUAAACAAGGAAAUUAUAGCUUCAAAACCGCCGUAGAAGUGUAACUUUAUGUGUUUCGACGCAAGCUGCUAUAACUGAUCAACACCGUUUCUAAAAGACCCACUCAGGCAUUCUAAAAUGGCUGAUUUUGUUUAUAUCUCAAUCGGUUGUAUUUUUUUUGGGUGUGUUGGCUUUUCCUUCUUUCAUAUGUGGUUGUAUACUAAUGGGCAAUAUGAAUCGCGGAUAUCUGGGAUCUCUUUCCGUAUCUUCUGCUGCUUUCGUGGCGGGCCUCUAUUUUAUAGCUCCUGGUGUUCUGUGCAUAAUCUCUGGGAAAAAACAGGGUCGGGCCGUGUUGGGAGCUACCCUUACUACAAACAUUAUGGGAAUGAUUCUGUCAAUCUCUAGUGUGAUCACAUCGGCUUUAUUCUGGAAAAGUCUUGAGGAAGAAUGUGGUUCGUUCGGUUCGAAUUGUUCUGACAUGAAAGUCACAAUUAGGGUUACUGUUGCAACUACGAUUAUCUUCUGUUUGGCCACUAUCGUCUCUUUUAUCGGAUCUAUUUAUGGUUGUGGCACCACUUGCUGCACCGAACAGAACUAUGCCCUUGUAUUUAAUGAGCCAGACGAAGCUGUGGUUAUGGUAACGGCUACACAGUCUAACGCUACAAAUGGACCAUCUCUGUCCGGUGACAACCCACCAGCAUAUAAUGAUCACUUUGGUACUCCAGGCAACAAUCAAAAUGAUAGCAUAAAUCAGGGACCACAAAGCCUAGUAAAUGUUUAAAUCUGCAUGUCGACGGUAUCACAAUACCGUCACAUAGGUACACAUUUAUGUUGAACAAAAAGGUAUAACUUUGUUUUUAUUUUAUUUACUUCCCGCACAUGCACUAUUAGAUAAAACGACCUUCAGUAUAAAAGUAUAAAGUGCAACGCAGACUGUCCCACUCGAGAAACUACAGCUGUAGUUGAAAUAAAAUUUCAAAAGGGAUUUUAAGUGUAUUUUUCAUUGUAUGAAAAAACACAACAAGUAACGUCAAAGAUUUUACUUCUGUUACUAUUCACUCAAGUCCUCAGUUAUACAAUGUGCCAGCCUGGGGGGGUACAAAAUUAGUUACACUGACUAAAAAUUCCAGUAAUUAAGUGAUUAUAUAAUAACAUUGUUAUUUUCUGUUUAAUAAAUACAAUUACUUUAAAAAAUGAUUUAACUCAUAUACCCUAACGGGCUAUAGCCCCAAUCCUAAAAAGAAAGCACUCUAGCUUUCAC